CUUACCUUGCGUUAACCACGGAUUUGGCAGCUUUCGGUGAGAGAGUCGGUGCAUGGCAGAAAAAAUAUGCAGAAAAGCAUUCUCCGAUGUCUUUUCUAAAGUUACCCGUAAAGAGAUGGAGCAGAGAUUCAGUCGCAAUCGAAGUCAGACUUGGCAGAGAACGUUAAGCCGACUGCUGCUGAAGCAGCUUGGUGACAAGAUACCGAGGUCGCCAGCUGGGCGACUAGCGACAGGCUGGCUACCGCAAAUGCAAAGUGAGAAACGACUCCGAGGAAAUACAUUCUGUGUGGAUCCAGACAGCGUAGCGGACAGUCAUGAUAGCAGACAGACCAGGAAGUGGCUCCAGAUACGUCACUCUCGGCCAACCAAAACACAAGAGGAUAACUCCGCCCUCCGGCCUCCGGCCCGUCCUCCCACGUUCUCCACACCUCCAAGCAGCUACAGAGGAUGGGCAGGCUCAGGCUCAGGCUCAUAUUUCCAAGAUUUACAACAUCCCUUACAACUCCCUCUCUCCCUGUGUGUGUGUGUGUGUGUGUGUAUGUCUCUCUCUCUAGGUAUUUGUAGCUGGGAAAGUUGGGGCACUGGCCGGCUAAUGGAUGAGGCUGAGCAUGUUGCCAUGGUGCUACCUGGUGGGGAAUGUUCUGCAAAGGGAGUGUGAAGCCUGCAGCCUGCCAAUAGAGAACAGAGGGAAGGAGUCUCUCAAUUAGAUGGAGAGCAGGUCCAUGGGGAGCCAUUGUUUGAGCAGCAGUGGAAGACAAACAAGACUGCCACCGUAUGCAGGAGCUCCCUGGGCAACACUUUCACUCCCUGGCUCCUGAACGCACACAUAUGCAGUCCUACCUGUAAAAUUUGCCUACUAAUGCACAUACUAAGCACAAA